AUGAACGUCGAGGACGCAGACGUCGCCUGGGCUGAGCGGGAAUCCUCGCCUUCCCGAUGGCGGACGUACGACCCCCAGGACCGAUUAAGUGGCGAGUACGAUCGCGUCCAUGCAGAACGGGAAGAACGUUCUCGCAACCGGCCACGCUCGCAAAGAUCAACUGAGCCGCGCGAGGAGCCCGUCGAAGAAGUCGAAGAGGUCGAGCUCGAGCCGGUGCGCUCGAAAGGUCGUGGUGAUGGGCCGCGACGCAACGAAUCUACGACGUCCAGCUCGGUCUCCUCCUUUUCCACAGUGGACCGCUCGGAGAUCAGCAAUGCAAGGAGCCGACAGACGAGACACAACAGCACGAUCUCGAAGGCUUCGACGCGCAUGGAGAACGAUAUCAUGCAAUACCUUGAUCGGCAUCCUACUGCAGUGGAGCGCGUAGCCGCACAUCGACUCCAACAUAGCCAAACGGUCGGAAGUAAACGAGUCUUUACUGGUACAGGCGAGGAGUUGCCAGACUUUGGCAGCAACAAACCCUAUCCUCCACCGUUACCAGAACGCGAGGAGUAUGUGGUCGAGUUCAGUGGCUUCGAUGACCCACGGCAUGCGCAGAACUUUGCGUUCAAGAAGAAGAUGAUCAUCAGUACCAUUCUCGUGUUCGACUCACUGGCCGCCACAUUCGCCAGCUCCAUCUUCUCCGCCGCCAGCGGUGCUGUCGGAGAGGAGUUUCAGGUCGGACGCGAGGUCGUCACUCUGGGGACGUCGCUGUUCGUACUGGGCUACGCUGUUGGACCAAUGGUCUUUGCACCACUCUCUGAGCUCUAUGGGAGACGGCUGCCGAUCAUCAUCGGUGCUUUCGGGUUCUCGAUCUUCAACACCGCUGUCGCGGUAGCAAAGGACUAUCAAACCCUUGUCAUCUCGCGCUUCUUCUCGGGACUCUUUGGAUCAUGCCCCCUCGCGCUGACAGGAGCUGUGUUCUCUGACCUCUUCGACAAUAAAGUCAGGGGAUUAGCGAUAGCUAUCUUCGCGGCCACGCUCAUGAAUGGACCAUUCUGCGGACCCAUGGUCGGAGGCUUCCUCACGAAGUCGUAUCUGGGCUGGCGCUGGGUAGCCUGGAUUCCAGCUUUCAUGGGCUAUGCGUCACUUGUCCUAGCAGUGUUGUUCCAGGAGGAGACAUAUGGCCCUGUGAUCCUCGUCACCAAAGCUUCGGAGCUGAGGCGUCUGACUCGCAACUGGGGCAUCCACGCCAAGCAAGAGGAAGUUGAGGUUGACCUCAAGGAGCUCGUUAUUAAGAACGUCUCCCGUCCUCUUCGGAUCCUGUUCACCGAGCCGAUCGUCCUGAUCAUCACGAUCUACAUGUCCUUCAUUUACGGUCUGCUCUAUCUCAAUCUGACGGCGUAUAGUAUAGUGUAUGGGCAGGUCUACGGCUGGAGUCUCGGUGUGAGCGGUCUCCCUUAUAUGGCUCUGAUCGUAGGAGUCAUGAUCGGGCUCGGAUGCAUCGUGUUCAUGAACAAGUCCUACGUCAAGAAGCUGGAGGCGAACAACAACAUUCCCGUCCCCGAAUGGCGGUUGCCUCUGCCGAUGGCUGGAGGCAUCGUCUUCUCACUCGGUCUGUUCUGGUUUGGCUGGGGAGGGUACAUGGCGAGUACGCCAUGGAUUGUGCCGACGUUGGCUGGGAUCUUUAUUGGCUUUGGAAUCUUCUCGGUGUUCUUGCAAUGCUUGAACUACAUCAUCGACUCGUAUCUCAUGUUCUCCGCCUCAGCAAUCGCCGCCAACACAAUCAUGAGGAGUAUUUUCGGCGCCAUCUUCCCACUCUUUGCUACCUACAUGUUCGAAGGCAUUGGCAUCGAAUGGGGUAUGACGCUCCUCGGCUGCGUAGCAGCAAUUUUCAUCCCAAUGCCGUUCCUGCUGUACAAGUACGGAAGAUCGAUCAGGGCACGCAGUAAGUUUGCGCCUGCGCCCGAUCUGCAGCAGGAUCGCCGUAGAGACGAGGAGAGUCGGAUGCAGCGGUCAGAAGAGGAGAAGGGCGCGGCGAGUGGUGGCGAAGGCAGCAGUAGCAGUGGGAACGGAGCUAGCAAUGAGAAUGAAGAGGGGGAGAAGAAGAUGGUUUGA